CUCGUGUUGAUGCGCCUUUUUCUGCCCGGACUUCUUCUUAGCAGAUUUGAAAUUAAGGCAGCACCUGUUGCUUCGAAUCUACAGCAAGGACACUGAAUAUCACACUGAAACUCCGAAGCAGGUGCAGUCGAGAUGUCCACGGGUUCGGUGAGUGAUCCUGAAGAUCUCCAGGAGCUGUCAAUCACUCACAUGGACUCGCGUUCUCCAGAAGACUCAGAAGACGAGUUUAGUAUCGGUGACGGUCUGAAAGCAAAGACCAAACCACCUCGAGCUGCUGCCAACAACAACAAGCAGCAAAUGAAGAUGGGGAAGGAUGGCAGGCAGUCUCAGAGGAACGCAGCUAACGCCAGGGAGAGGGCACGCAUGAGGGUCCUGAGCAAAGCCUUCUCGCGGCUGAAGACCAGCCUGCCGUGGGUACCCGCAGACACCAAACUGUCAAAGCUGGACACGCUGCGCCUGGCAUCCAGCUACAUUUCUCACCUCAGACAGCUCUUGCAGGAGGACAGAUACGAGAACAGCUUUGUGCAUCCUGUAAACUUGACCUGGCCUUUUGUGGUCUCAGCACGAUCAGAGGACAACAAAGACAUUUCAGCAGCGGUCAGACUAUGUGGAGCUACAGCAUAAACAUCUGGCACCUCUCUGUCUUUUAUCCCCCUCCAUCUCUCUCGCUCUCUCUCUUUUUACUGUCUGUACUCAUGCACUUCCUUUGAACUUACAUCAAUGGACAUUAUGAAGUGAACGCAACUGCAUGUGGACCUACAAGUUAAACACAAGUCAUCACACACAAAAGUCUUUAUAUAGCCUGAUGUUUUUUUUAUGUUCACAGCAAACAAAAACAGAUAUUUUAUGGUGCUGAAAUAUUUGAAACGCCGUCUGUAUUUAGUGAAAAAAGAACAACUUGCAUAGCCAGGGAAGGACACUGAAAAUCAUUUUUAUUGUUUUAAGGCGCUUGUAAAUUUUCUAACCAUCUGACAGUCAUUUAAAAUAAAUAUUUUUUACCAAGCAGCAACACGACCUCUGUAAUUAAGGCUAGAUGGAAUAGUACACAAAAUAUGCUUGAUGUCUUC